AACAAGAGGGGCAGCAACACGCCCACGACGCCGAGAAAAGCGGAUUAAAGUCCCGCAGAGAUGGCAGGAGAGACCGAGGACGAGAUACCAGAAUCAGGGGCUGUUUUUACUUUUGGAAAGAGCAAAUUCGCGGAAAACGUCCCGAGUAAAUUCUGGCUUAAAAACGACGUCCCCUUAAAGAUCGCCUGCGGGGACGAGCACACCGCCUUGAUCACAGAAAAUGGGAAACUCUUCAUGUUUGGGAGCAACAACUGGGGCCAGCUGGGUCUGGGCUCCAAAGCGACCGUGAGCAAGCCGACGUGUGUCAAAGGUGUGUCUCUAAAAGAGCUCUUUUCCCCACUUUACUCCCAAACAGGUGGGAGAGCGCUGGGUGCAAAAUGCUGCCUCCGACACCUGCUGCUGACUCAUGUGUUCACAGAGGGGGGGGACCUGUUCAUGUGGGGCGACAACACGGAGGGGCAGAUCGGUUUGGGGAAGGAGAGCCACGCCUCGACGCCACAGGAAGUCAGCGUGGGGCGCUCCAUCAGUUGGGUGUCCUGCGGGUACUACCACUCCGCCUUCAUCACAGAGGACGGAGGGCUGUACACGUUUGGGGAGUGUGACAGUGGGAAGCUGGGUCUGAACACGGAGCAGCUGCAGCGGCACCGCGUCCCCCAGCUGGUGGGGGGGCUGAGGCAGCCGGUGACCCAGGUCUCCUGUGGGGGGGGACACACCGUGGCUCUCACAGAGGACGACGUGUUCACGUUCGGCCUCGGUCAGUUCGGACAGCUCGGUCACGGGACGUUCAUCUUCGAGUCGCGGCUGCCUCGACGCAUCGAACACUUCAAGAAAGGACGAGUGUGUCAUGUGACCUGCGGAGAAAACCACACGGCUGUCAUCACGGACGGAGGGUUGCUGUACACGUUUGGAGACGGUCGUCACGGUAAACUGGGCCUCGGAGACGAGAACUUCACAAACCAGUUCAAACCCACGCUGUGUCCGCGCUUCCUCAAAUACAACGUGCAGGCGCGGAAGGGUAAGAGCUCUAAAGAUCAGAUUAAGAUGAGUCGUUUCUCUUCUCGUGAGAGCAAAGCGGUUUCUCCUCGCCGGGCGUUACCCACGGAGCUGCUGAGGAACCCGGGGACUACUCUCAGUCAGAACCAGGAGAACCUGGUCCUGGCCAUGGAGGAGCUGCAGAGACCCGGUAAAAACAAGAACAUCGCGGACAUUAGGAAGGCGGCAUCCAAACAGCGUCUCCGACCGACUCCGGGGGCAAACACGCUGAUGGAGGUCGCCAGGAAGAGCCCUGACAUCAGGAAGAUUCAACGAGAAGUUAAAGCCGUCCAAAGCAAACCCAUCGCGGUGCAGAGUGUCAGCUCUCCACACACACUUCAUCUGAAUGAGGAGGAGGGUCUAUCGGAGGUCAGGUCCAAAUCUAAAGAGUUAUCGAAGAAAUCUAAGAACGAGAAAAACCAAAAGGAGGCGGAGAUAAAGGCGGAAGUUGGGGAGGGAACUCCGACAAAGGCGUCAAAGCUGGGCCUCGUCGCUGGAGCCGCCUCCGUCGCAGUGGGGGCGCUGCUGAUGCACCAGGUGGCGUCCAGAGAGGAGAGGACGCAGUCUGAGUCUCACGCUGAAGACUAUACACACAAAUCAGCCGUGAGCAUCAACAUCAUCCCUCAGAGUCCUGAAGGAAGCAAGGAAACAAGUCAGGAGGAGAGAGAGGAAGAGGGGGAGCAGAGUAGAAGUGCAGAAGUCAGCGAGAACGAGGAGGAAGAAGAACUUAGUCACAGCGUGGAGAAGGUGACCAAAGAUGAUGAAGAUGAUGAAGAUGAAGAAGGAGAGGAAGUCAGUCACAGCGUGGAGAAGGCGACAGAAGAUGAUGAAGAUGAAGGAGAGGAAGUCAGUCACAGCGUGGAGAAGGCGACAGAAGAUGAUGAAGAUGAUGAAGAGGACAGCAACACUCUUCAACCAGAGGAGGAAACUGAUGAAGGAGAGGAGGUGAGUGAGGAUGAGGAAGAGGAAGUCAUUCACAGCGUAGAAGAAGAAGACAGCAACACUCUUCAAACAGAGGAUGAUGAAGAGGAAGAUAAGAGCAGUGCUGAGGAGGAGGAAGAGGAGGAAGCAAGUGGCACGGCAGGAAGUGAAAGUGAAGAUGAGACUGAAUCAAAAGAGAGCAUAGGAAGUGAUGAAGAGGAGGAAGAGGAAGGUUCGAGUAAUGAGACAGAGAGCGCAGGAAGAGAGUCUGAAAGUGAGGAGGAAGAAGGAAGUGAUGAAGGAAGUGAGACAGAGGAGGGAGAAGGAAGUGAUGAAGGAAGUGAGACAGAGGGAGGAGAGGAAACAGAGGAAGAGGAGGAGGAGGAGGGAGAAAAAGAAGAGGAGGAGGAAGAGGUUGUCCAAAAGACAAAGUCAGCUGGAGUCCAGAGAGGUAAACCCAGGAGCAGACAGAGGUCGGGGGUCAAAGGUCAGGCGGCAGGCGAGGAAGAGGAGUUCUGGGACGACGUGCUGCCGCAGUACCUCAACCUGAAGUGAAGUGAGGAAGACUGUGGUCUUCAUCCAGAUGGAACACUCCUAUUGGCUAGCGCUCCAACACAUUGUGCGUGAUAGGCUAAGGGGGCGGGACAUCUCUAAGCAGGUCGACCAAUCAGAACAGACUGUGUGCUGCGUAACAGGCAGUGUGAGCAAAAUGAAGAGCUUUUUCAACAUUAAAGCCACUUUUAAAGCAUGUUACUAAGGAGGAGCAAUCGAGCGCUGCACCAUCACAGUUGGAUUCACCAAACAAGAAAUUUAAACAAAUAUUAAGCUGCAUUUCAAAUAUUUUAAAUCCAAUCAUAAAGUUGUAUUAGGCCCGUCCACACGGAGACGAGACGAAAACGAACCGUAGUCGUUUGCAAAAAAGUCUUCCGUCCACACGGAAACGCUCGACCCGCU